AAGCAGUGGUAGCAAGCCCGGUUUGCGAAAAGUGCUGCUUGGGGCGGAAGUUUGGAGAUGGUUAGUGGUGCGUCACGAGCUGGUACCUGGAGUCGCGAAUUGUGGGGUUAUGCGUUCAGCCACAUUCCGCCGCCUUCUGCGAGCUUCAGCCACAAUGUCCAGGCCAUGGGCAUCACUUGAAGAAACACGUUCUGUUAACGUGAUAGAAUACUUUUCUUGCGUAUUUAUAAAGAAUGCAGAGAACUGAGGAGUAGGCCUUUCUGAACCCAUGAAUGCAGUGCUGACAUCGAUUUGACGCCAAUUCACGUGACAUCGUCUGGAUCCCCAGCCGCCUGUGCCCCACCGAGACGUCACGUCUAGGCUGUGCUGAAGGUCCGACGACGACGUCCAACGACACUUCAACCCCGCCACGCCUUGCGACGUAGAGAGACUACCCACGAGACACACGACAAAAGCCCAGGAAGGGCUUGCCGCCGUCAUGUCUCAAUCCCUCCGGCCGUAUCUCCAGGCUGUCCGGAGCAGUCUCACAGCUGCCCUCACCUUGUCCAACUUCGCAUCCCAGACGGCCGAGCGACACAAUGUCCCCGAGAUCGAAGCCCAGACCUCGCCUGAGGUCGUACUUACGCCCCUGACCAUUUCGCGCAACGAAAACGAGCGCGUGCUUAUCGAGCCCAGCAUCAACUCGGUGCGCAUCAGCAUCAAGAUCAAGCAGGCCGACGAGAUUGAGCAUAUCCUGGUGCACAAGUUCACGCGCUUCUUGACACAGCGCGCCGAGUCAUUCUUCAUCCUGCGGAGGAAGCCGAUCAAGGGCUACGAUAUCUCUUUCUUGAUAACGAACUUCCAUACCGAGGAGAUGCUGAAGCACAAGCUCGUGGACUUUAUCAUUCAAUUCAUGGAGGAGGUUGACAAGGAAAUAUCGGAGAUGAAGCUCUUUGUAGGCGGCACCGUCCCUUUGCUGGCAAGGGCAGAAGUUAACCGACUACAGUUAAACGCACGAGCUCGUUUCGUCGCGGAAUCCUUCUUGACACCUGUAAGCCGAGCUGUCGCGGCAUGUCCUGCUAUGAGCUAA